AUGGGUGUCGACGCCGAGGAAUUGAUCCUCAAUCCUUUUCAGGAAGUUGUCGAUCGAGGAAAGGAGGCGGUCUCUAACGCGGAAAGUGCUGCAGGUGAGGAUGCCGAGCUCUCACGACUUAUGGCCAAGGCCGGAGUGGCUGUCGUCAGGGAAGGCGAGCGGGCCUUGAAGAGGUUGCAGCCUCUCUGGGACGGCCAGGUCGAAAAGUACGGCGAUGCAUUCAAAGACAGCCUGAGCCAGAAUGCCGCCAUCGAGGAGAAGCGGCGCAAGCUGGACGAUCUGCUCUACGACUUCGAAGACUAUGCCGAGCCAGAUACAUUCGAGCCGGAGCGCUUCACCGAGUUGCAGGCAGCUACUAAGUCGCUCGCCAUGGACGUGAUCGACAUCAUCAAGAAGAUGAAGCUUGACACGCCCAUCACUCCGCCCUACUCGCCGCCACCGCCCUCCAAGUUCCCGCCCCUUCCUCCCCUACCUCCGCUGCCCCUGAAGAGCCCAUCGCGAGCGGGACACGGGCCAAAGUCUCCAAGGCCACCAACGCCGCCAGGGAGGAAAGGAGGCCGUGCAGCGACGCCAUCAGCACUUGCCCCUCUGCCUCCGUCAGGCACGCCUUCUCCAGACCGCACUGAACAGAGCACACCCGUGCCGCCGCCCGACGCAUCCGAGGCGCCAGUUCCAGUAUCCCGUGUCAGACUGCCGCCUGCCAAGCGUGACCUCGCGAGACUGAAUACGGGCUCCCAGCGCAGUCUGAGGAGCAAUGGCACAGCACACUCGCGGGCGUCCAGUGCCUUCAGUGUUGGUAGCCUGCCUCCACCAGCUUACACAGCAGACGGUGAGGCGCCUCCUGUUCCGCAGAUAACUCAUAACACCGCAUAUGAUCGGCCAGAGAGCCGAGCAUCGUCGAGUCUGGGCAUACAUAGCACCCAAACGCCGUAUCAGACCACUCUUGUCCGUCAGCCCAGCCUGACGACAACAGACGCAAGCAGCACCGCCGAGAUACCCGAAUUCCCCAUGCCGCAGCCACAAACCGGCACGAGGACAACCGCCUGGGUGAGCGACCAAGUUGGAGUAUCAAAUCCACGAUACCACGGACACCGUCCACCCUCACGCUUCGAGCCGCACUCCCUACAGGCAAUCCAAAGCCUUCAGCAGACGACCAUCCCGGAAGACCACGCCGUAAACGCAAGCGUGCCCUCCAGGAGGACAGGGCAUUCAUUCAUAAACUUCGACACCGCACUGACGCCCAUUAUAUCGGAGCUGAGCAGGUUCGGCGUCGACGACUCGGCCGACACCAGCCCCUCCGUGGGCCCCAAUAGUCCCGAGACAACCCGGAGCGCGACGCUGAGCCACGCCACCAGCAUGUCAUCGAUCCAGACCGGCCCGGCCCACAGCACAAAGGCCUUCAACGGUGGCAGGACACCCAUCACACCGGGUGACACACCCAGCACCCAGCCCAAAGCCUCCUUCUCACCCAUCUCCCUCCCACCAGCCGCUCUCGAGCACCCAGAGCACCACCGCCUGCCCGACGCGGCCACGCAGGCGCCCGGGCCCUCCUCCGAGGACUGGGCGACACGCACCGUCCUCUCUGUCUCGGACCGCGCCUCGACCGCCAACUUCUCCGCAGGCUCGCAGCAGCCCCGCGAGGCGGACGUGGCCAUGGGCCCGCGAAGCAGCCUGUACGCGCUGGGCGGUUUCUGCCCGGGGGCGCAGCAGUUCCGGACGUCGGGCCACGAGGACGGCGUGCGCAAGCUGGCAGGCCACGUGGCGGGGCAGUCGACGGCGACGGCGCGGUGCGCGGGGUGCUCAUAUGGGCAUGCGUGGUCGGAGCUGGACCUGGACGUGCGCGACAAGUUCCCGCGCGCGACGUUCCCGCGCGCCGGCGGCGUGCUGUUCCGGAUCCGCCUGCUUUACAAGUCACACCUUGGCGCGCCGCGGCCCAGCGAGGCCUUCUACGGCUGCCUGUUCUGCGCGCAGCAGGGCUGUGUCGUGCGCGAGGGCGACGCCACCGUCUUCAAGAGCAGCGAUGACCUCUUCCGCCAUCUGGCCGCGCACCCGCAGCCGCUGCCGGACGUCUCGGGUCUGACUGUGCUGUAUGGCAAGGAGAUCCUUACCACGGACCCUCUGGUCAACGACUUCGACCUGUGGCUCACCGAGCCGCCCCAGCCCGGCGGCGUUCCGCCUGAGGUGGCGCCUGAGGUGGCCAAGCUGCCCGUCGCGACCGCCGUGAAGGGCCAUGUUCAGCGGUACGCGGAGAAGAAACUCCCCAAGCCGGAUGGGAAGAACUCCGACAGCCUUCUCCAGUUCUUCGAGGGCUCGCGGAUUGUUGGGGUCGAGUAUCCAGGGAAGUACGCCGGGAAGUGGUGCACAGGGUGGCACGAUGGGACAUGGGGGUAUUUCCCCGCCAAGAGCAUCGAGCUGGAGAAGCCAAAGCCGGGAAGACUCGACGCACCACCUCUUUUGCACGGCAUCGGGGCAAGUGGAGUGGUCGUGGUGGCGAAGUGGAAGUUCGACCCUGGCGCGGCCGCUAAGGAGGGCUGGCUCGGGUUUGAUAAGGGCGAGAAGCUGACGAAUGUGGGAUGGCCGGUGGACGCGGGCAAGGAGGCAUGGUGUUGGAGCGGGUCGACUUCGAAAGGGAAAUUCGGAGUCUUUCCAAGAAGCCAUGUAGAUGAAUCAUCCCUCAGAGACGACGCCAAUGCUCCGGGCCCGGGAGGUGGUGGUGGCAAGUCGAAGAGAAAAGAGAGCGGUGGCAGGUCGGGGGGAAAGCUGUUCGGUGUGAGGAGGAGACACAGUACGACGUCAAAUAUGAGUGGAGGUUCGGGGGUUAUCGAGAUAAUAUAA